AUGUCUACAACAACUACCUCGGCUGCGCCGACCGCGGCUUCGACGACCACCUCUACCGCUCCCGAUCUACCCUCUCGACCUAAUUCUUUGAACUCAGUUGUGAAUCGCACGGCGUCGAAUUACUCGCCGUAUGGUGCCUCACGGUUCGGCGCCAGUCCGUACGGCGGCAUGGGCGGCAUGGGCGGCUACAGCUCCUACUCUUCUCCAUACUCCCGCUUUGGCACGAUGGGCGGCAUGGGAUCGAUGUAUGGCGGCAUGGGCGGCUACGGUGGCAUGUAUGGCGGCAUGGGCGGGAUGGGAGGCAUGUACGGAGGUGGCAUGCCCGGUGAUCCCAACGAUCCCAACAGUUUGACGAAUUCGUUCGGUCAGAACACCCAGGCGACGUUCCAGAUGAUUGAGAGUAUCGUGGGCGCGUUUGGCGGGUUCGCUCAGAUGCUCGAGAGUACCUACAUGGCGACUCACGGCUCUUUCUUCGCUAUGGUUUCCGUCGCCGAACAGUUUGGCAAUCUACGCAAUACUCUGGGCUCGGCCCUCGGCAUCUUCACUUUGAUCAGGUGGUUCAGGACGCUGAUCGCAAAGCUCACCGGUCGGCCACCACCCGCCGACGCCACCGCUCUCACUCCGUCGGCCUUCGCGGCAUUCCUGAACGGACGGUCCGCGCCCGCCGUUCUUCCUGAUGGAUCGCCCGCUCCUCCUAAGCCAUCGAAGAAGCCGUUCUUCAUGUUUUUGAUCGCCCUGUUUGGUCUUCCGUACCUCAUGGGCAAACUUAUCAAGUCGUUGGCCCGCUCGCAGGAGGAGCAGCGUCGCCAGCUCAUGGAGGGUGAACAGGCGCAGGGCGGAGCUCCGCUGGACCCCUCUAAGCUGGACUUCUGCCGUGUGCUGUACGACUACUCCCCCGAGUCGCAGGAAAGCAACGGCGUCGACUUGGCCGCGAAGAAGGGCGACAUCGUCGCUGUUCUCAGCAAGUCGGACCCCAUGGGCAAUGCGUCUGAAUGGUGGCGGUGCCGGGCCCGAGACGGCCGCGUCGGAUACCUUCCCGGGCCUUACCUGGAGACGAUUCAGCGGAAACCGCAACAGGCCAUCACGGCCGGUAGCCAGGCGGCUAGCCGUAGCAACAGCUUACAAGCGGGCGCGUCUGAAGAAAUCGCUACCGUCGCUGCCCAGGAUACGAAGCCCGAGCUCAAGGGCAAGAUGGGUGACAUCUCGCCGGAGAGCUUCCAAAAGAGCGCUUUCUAUUCAUGA